UGGGGAGGGGAAGGAGCAGCAGAUCCCGGUGAGAUUCCCUGCCUGCAUCCUGAGCAAAUCCCAGGGAGAAUGCGGGUGGAUCCAGGAUGAAUCCCAGGAGGAUCGUGGAGAGAUCCCAGAUGGAUCCCAGCAGGAUCAUGGAGAGAUCCCAGAUGAAUCCCAGAAAGAUUCCGGGCAGACUCCAAACGUAUCCUGGAUGGAUCCUGGACAGAUCCCAGACAAAUCCCAGUCAGAUUGCAGAGGGAUCCCAAAAAAGCUUUCAAUGGGCUCAGGACAGAUCCCACAAAGAGAUCCCCCACGGAUCCAUGGAAUCGCUCCAGGAUAGAUCCCAAACUGCCCGAAAAAAACCUGGAUGGACUCAGGCCAGAUCCCAAACGGAUCCCAGACAAAUCCCGGGAUCUGUCUGGGAAAACUCGAGCAUUUUGAGGCUUUUUCCCGCUUUUCCACAGCUUUUCCUGGAUGACACCAAAGUCAAGAACUUCAUCACCUGCUUCAAAGAUGUGGGAUUCCUCUCCUUCUUCUUCAAGCACCUGGAGCGCAACCGGAGCGGGCGCUACGAGGCGGAAUUCCCGUUCCUUUCCCGCUGCGGCCGGGAGCGGAAUUUCCUGCGCUGCGAAGAUCUUCCCGUGGUUUUCACCCAAAUCCUGCCCGGAUCCGACGGGAAUCACCUCCUGUCCUACUGCGGAGGCGGCGCCCGCCUGGCGGUGCCUUUCCAGCCGGGAAUGCUGACGGUAUUCCCGGAAAACGGGCGGCUCUACCACCCGGCUCCGGACCAAGCCGGCGGCGUGGGAUUGGUGCGCUCGGCUCUGGCUUCCGAGUGGAGUUUGGGAUUCCAGUUUGGAGAAGGCUCGGAGCGACCCCCGACCCAUUUCCUGUGGGAAGGGAGGAGGUAUCGGCUCUCCGGGGAAUUGCUGGGAAUUCUGCGGGCGGAAAAGUCGGGAUGCGGGCAGGAAUUGGAGGCUGCGCCCGCCGCUUCCUAAGGGGAUUCCUUAUCCCGCGGGGAAUGGGAGAAGGAGGAGCUGGAAUUUCCCACAGCACCGAGAUUCCCAAGCCAUUCCCAUUAUUCCCACGGAAUCAGAGACCCCCCCUCCCUCCCUCCCAACGUUCCCAUGUUUUUCCAUGGAAUUUCCCUUCCCCAAAAUAAAGAGUGGAAGCCGC